GGCUGAGCAGAGUGGAGUCAAGACUUCCAGCCGAAGGAAAGUUCCGGGACGUUCCCACGCUAAGCCCCCCGUCCCGGGCCGCGCGCCCUCCGCGACAGUGCCGGGGCCAUGGGGGCCCAGCGUUGCGUACCACCGGUCUUCCUGGGAACCCCGCUGGGGCUGUUGCUAUUGCUCCAGACGGUGUCCGCCCUGGGUCGCUUCUCCCUGCGGCUCUUGGACUAUCCGAAGCCAGACUGCUCCCAGCCGGGGCUGGACUGCAGAGUCAGGAAUAGUAUGUGCCUGGAUGACAGCUGGGUCAACCCUCAAAACCUGACUCCCUCAUCCCCGAAAAAUGUCCAAACCCAGCUGCGCUUUGUCCACACCCGGGAUGGAGACCUAGUCCCUGUGGUUCACAUCGAAUGGACAUUGCAAACAGAUGCCAGCAUCCUUUACCUUAAGGGCGCGGAGUUAUCUGUCCUGCAGCAGGACACCAAUGAGCGUCUGUGCGUCAAGUUUGAGUUCCUCUCUAUACUGGAGCAUCAUCCCAAGCGGUGGCGUUUUAACUUCAGCAACUUUCAGGUGGAGCCUGGUGAGAAGUACGAGGUGAUCGUUCACCACCUGCCCAAGCCCUACCCCUAUGGGGACCCAAACCACCAGUCCAGCAACUUCUCUGUGCCUGGCUGCGAGGACCCCAGGAUGAAGAUAACCCCACCAUGUGUGAGCUUAGGCAGCCUGUGGGAUCCCAACAUCACAGUGGAGAAACUGGAGAACCACCAGCUGCUGGUGAGCUUCACCCUGUGGAACGAAUCCACCGAGUAUCAGAUCCUGCUGGACAGUUUUCCGCACAUGGAGAACCUCACCUGCUUUGAACAUAGACAGCGUGUUCUCGCGCCCAGACAGGAGAAUUUCCACCAGCGGUGCAAUGUCACGCUCCCUCUACAUGGCUUUAAUUGGUGCUGCCGCCAUCAAGUGAAGAUCCAGCCUUUCUUCAACAGCUGUCAGAAUGACUGCAUCAGACACACCAUGAACAUUAGCUGCCCAGAAGUUCUAGCUAUUCCGGACUACAUGCCCCUGUGGGCGUACGGGGUCAUCACUGGUGUCGCCAUCCUGCUGGUGAGCUCUGUGAUCCUGUUCAUCGUCUGCAUGACUUGGAGGCUGCCUGGGUCUCAUGAAAAAUGUGACAAUAACACCAAAUACACUGAUGUCCCGCUCAUGGCUGACCUGACUCCUCCACCCCUGAAGCCACGGAAGGUCUGGAUCAUCUACUCAGCCGACCAUCCCCUCUACGUGGAUGUGGUCCUAAAGUUCGCCCAAUUCCUGCUCACCGUCUGUGGCACCGAGGUGGCCCUUGACCUGCUGGAGGAACAGGUCAUCUCUGAGGUGGGGGUCAUGACCUGGGUGGGCCGCCAGAAGCAGGAAAUGGUGGAAAGCAACUCCAAGAUCAUAGUCCUAUGCUCCCGAGGCACAAGGGCCAAAUGGCAGGCCAUCCUCGGCUGGGAGGAGCCCGUCAUCCAUUUGCGGUGUGACCGCUGCAAGCCUGCCGGGGAUCUUUUCACGGCGGCCAUGAACAUGAUCCUACCAGACUUCAAGAAGCCAGCCUGCUUUGGCACCUAUAUUGUCUGCUACUUCAGCGACAUCAGCGGUGAGAAUGAUAUCCCCGACCUCUUCAACAUCACUUCCAGAUACCCACUCAUGGACAAAUUUGAGGAGGUUUACUUCCGCAUCCAGGACCUGGAGAUGUUUGAACCCGGCCGGAUGCACCGCGUUGGGGAGCUCACAGGGGAAAACUACCUGCAGAGCCCCAGCGGCUGGCAGCUCAAGAAAGCCAUGGAGCGGUUCCGGGAGCAUCAAACUCAGUACCCUGAUUGGUUUGAGCGCGAGAACCUUUGCUUAGCUGAUGACCAGGACCUGCCGUCCCUCGAUGAAGAGGUGUUCGAGGAGCCACUGCUGCCAUCAGGAGGAGGGAUCGUGAAGCAGAAGCCCCUGGUGCGGGAGCCUGCCUCUGAGGGCUGUCUGGUGGUAGAUCUGAUUAUUGGCAAGGAAGAAGAAGUCUCAAGGCUAGAACCUCAGCUGCAGCACCAGGGGGAGCUGGCAGCCCAGAGUCUCCAGACAGUGGUGCUCCCUGUGGAGAGGGUCCCACCAGCACAAGCAGUGCUGCCCAUGCCUCUUGCUGACGGGAGCGGCGCAGCCAGCCGGCUAGCCGUGGUGGAGGAAGCCAAGGCCUGCCCCCUGUUGGGGGCCCCUGGCCCACAGCGGAACAGUGUCCUCUUCCUCCCUGUGGAUCUGGAGGCAUCACCUCUCUGCAGCACCCCGGUGGAGUCACCCGACCACCUCCCAGAUGACGUAAGGGGGCAGCUCGAAGGCUUGAUGUUGUCACUCUUCCAGCAAAGUCUGAGCGGCCAGGUCCAGGAGGUCCUCAAAGACCUCCACACGCCCUACGAGGAGGAGCAGAGGCAGUCGGUGCAGUCCGACCAGGGCUAUAUCUCCAGGAGCUCCCCGCAGCCCCCCGACGGACUUACAGAAAUGGAGGAAGGGGAAGAAGAGCAGGACCUGGGGAAGUCAGCCGAGCAACUCUCUCCCGAGGACCUGGAGAACCUGAGGAGCCUCCAGCAACAGCUCUUCUUCCAAGAGCUUCAGAAGAGCUCUGGCUGGGACAGCGUGGAGCCGGAGAGGCUGUCUGUGGAAUAACAGGCAUCCUGGCAGGCAUCGCCUAGACCCAGAGUGUUGAGAGAAAGCUGUGUGUGUACAUGAGCGUACACGUGUGUAUAUAUGUAUAUGUGUCCAUGGGUGUGUAAGUUCAUGUGUGUAGUGUACAUCUUUGAAAUAUAAAUGUCUUGAUUCUUA